CGGUCAUACAAAGCUGAUAUUUUAAUACCGAUUGCUCAAGCAGCACAUCCCCUGGCAACCCUGGAAAAUUACAGUUCAGUGGCAAAGUGACAAGCAAAAAUACGAAAAUGGUUCUGGAGAGUACUAUGAUAUGCUUUGAUAACAGCGACUACCAGCGCAACGGAGAUUACUUUCCCACUCGUCUCAACGUCCAGAAAGAUGGCAUCAAUCUGGUUUGCCUGACCAAGCUGCGAUCCAAUCCCGAGAACAAUGUGGGCUUGAUGACUCUGUCCAACACCGUGGAAGUGCUGGCCACUCUUACUAGCGAUGUAGGCCGGAUUUUCUCAAAGAUGCAUCUGGUUCAGCCAAAGGGCGAGAUAAACCUCCUGACCGGAAUACGAAUUGCCCAUCUGGUGCUGAAGCAUCGCCAAGGCAAGAACCACAAGAUGCGCAUAGUGGUUUUUGUGGGUUCUCCCAUCAAUCACGAGGAGGGCGAUUUAGUGAAGCAGGCCAAGCGCCUCAAGAAGGAGAAGGUCAACGUAGACAUAGUAAGCUUCGGCGAUCAUGGCAACAACAAUGAGACUCUCACCGCAUUUAUCAACGCGCUGAACGGCAAGGACGGCACUGGCUCCCAUUUGGUCAGUGUGCCUCGGGGAUCCGCUUUGUCGGAUGCCCUGCUGUCGUCACCCAUCAUCCAGGGCGAAGACGGAUUGGGCGGAGCUGGCCUGGGCGGAAACGUCUUCGAAUUUGGUGUAGAUCCCAACGAGGACCCUGAGUUGGCCCUUGCCUUGCGUGUAUCUAUGGAGGAACAACGGCAGCGCCAGGAAAGCGAGCAACGUCGCGCCAAUCCCGAUGGGGCUCCACCGACUGGGGCAGAUGCUGGUGGCGGCGUUUUGGGAUCUGGACCUGGAAACGAAGAAAGCGCCGGAGCACACAACGAGGCCAACACCGAGGAGGCCAUGCUGCAGCGUGCCCUGGCCCUGUCCACCGAAACACCCGAGGACAACUUGCCGGACUUUGCUAACAUGACUGAGGAGGAACAGAUUGCCUUCGCUAUGCAGAUGUCCAUGCAGGAUGCUCCCGACGACACUGUUACCCAGCAAGCAAAGCGCCCAAAGACAGACGAGACAAACGCCCCCAUGGACGUGGACGAGGACUACUCGGAGGUGAUCGGUGACCCGGCCUUCCUACAGAGCGUACUAGAGAAUCUGCCUGGUGUUGAUCCCCAGUCAGAGGCGGUGCGCGAUGCUGUCGGUUCACUCAACAAGGACAAGGACAAAAAGGGCGAGGGCAAGGACUUGCAAAAAAAAUAAACCGCAUCUAUGAUUAUAUCUAAUAAGCUCGUUUAAAGCAUUUGUAUGCCCAUUCAAAUCAUUUGUAGCCCUCUUUCAAAUUAUGCUUCAAGUGAAAAUAUAUAAACAAAUACACAUGAAA